CGCUAAGCUAUCUUUAUAUUUAUUAGUUGCGAAAAAACAAACAAAUAACAUUGGCCUUGUUUGGAGCUGACAUUCACCGACAUGAACAAGAUGGGCUGUAAGGUGCUGUGUCCCAGUGUUGCUCUCCUUGCUUAUCUUAUGAUCUGUGAACAUGUCCGAGCGGAAUGUACACCGCCUUCUUUUGCAUCAAGAAAUGUCGUUUUAACAGCAAACCAUCUCUCGACUCAAAGUUUCUCAGAUGGAUCCACUGUAACAUUUGAGUGCGUGAUUGGACACAAGCCAGUUAACUUAAAAGCAUCUAGAUCGGUUACCUGUGAGCAAAACCAGUGGACAAGUCUGGAACUCAGUUGCACAAGAAAAUCCUGUGGAAGUCUUGCAGAUUUCCUUAAUGGGAGAUAUGAUAUGACUGGGAAUUUAUUUGGCGACACGGCUAAACCAGUUUGUCACACAGGAUACAUGUUAGCGGGUAAGGAAACAACAAGAACAUGCCGAGAUCAGGGAUGGGAUGGCCGAGAUCCUCUCUUGACUGGUCCAUCUUAG